ACUCAGGAGGACCCCAGGGUCCCCGUGAAAGGACGUCGCCCAUUAGCCGUAGCUAUGGACCCCACAGCAUCAGGUUUGGCUCCCAAGGGUGCAGAGGGCCAGAAGACCUCCCGGGGCGUUAGUACCGGCCGAGGAGGAGGAGGAGAACUGAUAACAUUCAAAGAUGUGGCUGUGGACUUCACCUGGUGGGAGUGGGAGCAGCUGGACCCUACUCAGAAGGACCUGUACAGGGAGGUGAUGCUGGAGAACUUCAGGAACCUGGCCUCCCUGGGGCUUCUGUUGUCCAAACCAUAUGUGAUAUGCCAGCUGGAGGAAGGGGAAGAGCCCUGUGUGUUGGAGAGAGAAAUCUCAGCAGGAGCCCACUCAGACUGGGAGAGAAAGUCUAAGACCAAGGAAUCACUUCCAAGUCAGGAAAUCUCCAAAGAAGAAUUAUUCCAGGCAGCAUCAGUGGAAAAACACAUUAAAGAUGAGCUCUGGUCCUCCAAACGGAAAACAACCUGUGGUUGGGAUGACCAGUUAGAGAUGCAUCAGAAGAAACAGGAGAGACAUCUGAAAUACAUGGCAGUCACUCAGAAAUCUACUGCUACCCUUAAGGGAGAUCAUGAAUGGAGUGAAUUUGGGGCUUUAAGAUCAGUACUUGCUACCAAACUCAGUGUUCCCAUGGGAGAAGUAUCCUAUAAAUGUGAUGCAGAAUUCAGACAGACUUCAGGGAGAAAUAACUCUCAGAAAAUCAAUCCAGGGAAGAAAUCUUGUAAAUGUAAUGAAUGUGGGAAGUCCUUCCAUUUCCAGUCAGAACUUAAGCGCCAUCAGAGAUGUCACACUGGAGAAAAGCCCUAUGAAUGCAAUGAAUGUGGAAGAGCCUUUGGUCAUAUUUCGUCCCUUAUUAAACAUCAGAGAACUCAUACUGGAGAAAAGCCCUAUGAAUGCAGUGAGUGUGGGAGAUCCUUCAGCCAGAGUUCAUCUCUUGUUCUACAUUAUAGAUUUCAUACUGGAGAGAAACCCUACAAAUGUAAUGAAUGUGGAAGAGCUUUUGGUCAUACUUCAUCUCUUAUUAAACAUCAGAGAACUCAUACUGGAGAAAAACCCUAUGAAUGCAGGGAAUGUGGGAGAACGUUCAGCCAGAGUUCAUCUCUCAUCGUACAUUACAGAUUUCAUACUGGAGAGAAACCCUACAAAUGCAAUAAAUGUGGGAGAGCCUUCAGCCAGAGUUCAUCUCUCACUCAGCAUUAUAGAUUUCAUACUGGAGAGAAACCAUACACAUGUAAUGAAUGUGGACGAGCCUUUGCUCAUACUGCAUCUCUUAUCAAACAUCAGAGAACUCAUACUGGAGAAAAAACCCUAGGAAUGCAGUGAAGGUAGAAAGACCUUUAGCUGGAGCACACAUAUCACCAAACAUCAGAGAAUUCACAUUGGAGAGAAACUGUAACGUAUGUGAGAAAAUCUUUGCUUGGAGGACCCAUCUUGUUUUCUAUCAGACAGUACAUCCUAGAGAAAAAUGCUAUCAAUGUCAUGAGAGAGGUGGACUUUCAUUCACGCCUCUUCCCUUAACCAAACACCAGAGAAUUCAUGCUAAUGAGAAACCAUAUGAUUAUUGUCUUAGUUAUCUAAAUGCUGCCAU